GAAAUUCCCAAAGGUUAGCGCUAAAUUGAGAACACUUUUCAGGAAAUACAUUCAAUGUAACCUACAGUUUUGAUAUUGUUGAAUGAAGAAGAUCUUGUAAAUUGUAUGUAGCUGGUGUUUUUAAUUUGAUAGAGAGCUACUGUUUAUACAGGCAGAUAACCAAAUCAUGACGGCCUUGGUCGGGUCUUGUGACAAUUGGAUAGGAGCGUCGCAGGUGAACCUUUUGUACAACGCUUAUAUCAACUCACUCAGUCUGUCGAUAUGAUUAAAAGUGAAGAACCAAUUGUUGUAAUAUCAAUUAUGGAGGACAUGAAACAUCCCGUAAAUGAACUGAGAAAUGCCAUUAAAAUUGAGGCUAUGGAAUGGUCUCAGGAGUCAGAGGCUAUGGAAAUCUUUACUGGUCGCACUUUUACAUUUUUUGUAGAAAAUGAUGUGCAGUCAUCUAAAAAAGGAAUGCACUCAAGAUCAAAGAUGGAUGAUGUGGAACAAGACUUUACCAAUGCUCUUAGAAAUGUAAUGAAAAUGGAGAAGAUAGAUUCCUCUAUUUAUUCAGAGACAGAAGAAAUCUCCUCCACUGGUCGUACUUUUGAAGAAGAAGAGUCACAGAAAAUAAUGGUGAAUCAAAAUCCAGAAAUGACUUUCAAUCAAGAUAGGUACAGGCAUGCUACAAAUAGUUGUUGCAAAGAUGGAUAUUCUGAAAACUUAAAAGAUGAACAUUUUUCUUAUUGUAACAAAAAGUACCAGCUGGUUUAUGCAGAGAAAAAAUCAUAUUUAUUUCAAAUAGGUACAGAAACUUUUUCUUCGUCAAAAAUAAAAAAUGAGAUGAUUUACCUAGGUAAAAAGCAAUUCACUUGUAAAAUCUGUCAGAAAAGAUUCCCUUACCCCUCCUACUUAAAAAACCAUGAGAGAAUACAUACUAAUGAAAGGCCAUUUAAAUGUAACAUUUGUCAAAAAGGAUUCAAUCAUUCUUCAAACUUAGCUUGCCAUAAAAAAAUACAUUCUGGAAGAAAGCCAUUUCUUUGUACAUUCUGUCAGAAAGCGUUCACUGAGUCCUGUCACCUUAAAAGUCAUGAGCUUAUACACUCUGGUUGAAAGCCAUUUAAAUGUAAAAUUUGUCUGAAAAAAUUCAAACAGUCUUCUGGCAUAAUACGCCAUGAGAUUCUACAUUCUGAUAAAAAGCAUAUAAAUUUAAAAUUUGUCAGAAAUAGUUCACUGAGUCCUUUAACUUAAAACACCAUGAGGUAAUAUUGUGGUGAUUUCUGUUUUAACGUGCCAAAUUUGUCAUGACCUUAUGUCUAUGAUUGUCAAUGCUAAUUAUAAAGCUUAUUAUCAGCUCAAUCUGUCUGUCUGUCAGGUAAAAAGUUUGUAAAUGUUGGAUCAAGCUGAAAUUUUGCACUUAUUUAUUUCAUCUGACAACUCGUUGAUAAUUAAUUAUUUUGUUUGGUAUCUCAAACCAGGGAAAGAAAUUGCACUUGACUGAAGUGUUAGUAUGAACUGAAUUAGUCGCUUUUUUUAGGUCGCCGUUUUAACUUUCUAGCAAACAAUAGAUAACUAUACUAUCUUCUAUUUUCAUAGGUGCCUCACUAGCAGAGUAAUAAUGAGGAGGCAUGAGCCAUGAGUUCAAAUUCAGGUCUUCCUCCUUUUUUUAUAAAUGUUUUUAAAAAGCUAGUACGGUAAAAGUUCACCCAGAUAUCCAUUUCAUCUCCCCCCAACACACACACUUUUCCAAAUGGUCCAGAUAAGUAGGAUCAUAGCAUAUUGAGAAAGCUAAAAGCAUGAAAUAGCUCUAAUAAAAACGAUAGGUAAAAAUAUUUAUAAUCGCAGAGAUUUAUUUUUGUUGGUCUAGAAUCCCUAGAUCUAUUACAAAUUUAAUUACUUAACUGAUCCAAACUAACUGAUACAAUUACACUUUGUAUAAGAUUUGAUUUUUCUUUUAAAUAUUUUUUUUUGUUUUUUAUUGUUUUUCCUAUCUGUAUAUAUAAUGGCACCAGCAGAAUCGAUUGCUGGGAAAAUAUCGAAUGACCAAAAUACACUUGGCUCCCUGUUCAUUUGCUGGAUUGUGGUUUGUACCUAUCAAUGGUCCUGGGUUUAAACCCUGCCUGCUCCCAUCCCUGUUGUCCUGCGGGAGGUUUGGACUAGGAAGUAAAUUAUCUUCAACUUUGAAAGAACAUCUGAAACAUGUUAAAUAUUUUAGAACAAACAAAUACUUCUAGACUUCUUUUUCUUUCUUUUCAUGAACUCCUUCAUAACACUAAUUCAAUAAUUCACAAUACAGCACUACUUGACAGCUAUUCUUACACAACCACUGAAAUAAUAAAUCCACAUUGCAAAAGCACUUAACUAUAUUGAUACAAUUGAAAGACUGAACUUUUCUAAUUUCUUCACUUAAACCUUACUUUCACUAACAAUGGACUUCAAUAUAGAAAGUAUUCAAAUAUUUAAAACAACUUAUGAACCUGCAACUGCUCUAGGACCUGCUAAACUUCAAGGACCCACUAUAACUCAUUGACUUGUAACAGCUGAAGGACCCCCCGACAAACUCUUUUUCCCUCAAUUUAUACCUUUUUAAAUCAUCUAAAUUGUCUUUUCAUGAAUCAUAAAAACUUCUGUUCCAAAUAUUUCUUUUAUCUAUCAUCUUCCUGAAACUGACAUAUGCAAAUUUUUUCCUGACCACUUUUUCGGAUUGGUAAACAUGUGUUUUCUUUUGUGAACUUGAUGUGACCUAACCCUUUCUAGAAAGAAGUAGAAUGAGGUAUUGAUUCCUGACAAAUACAUUCUAGAUCAAUGCUCUGUAGUAUUUUUGACUCCACUAACAUUAAAGCCAUGCUGCUAAGUCUUUCUUGUGACAUUGUGCUCUAGGGAUAGUUUUUGAUAACUUGAGUUUUGAAAAUGAUCUCUCAGUGAUGCAAAGGUAGUGGCCUGAGUUAGUAGUAUUCAAAUGGAGAUUACAAGCUUUUAUAAAAGUGUCAUUACUAGAUGAAGCCAGCUUUCUGUGUGUCGAUGGUUGAUUGUGGUACUGGUUUGUUGAUGAAAAGUGCUUGUGCAUCAAUGACAUGAACAAGCGAUUUUCAUCUUUCAUCAUACUAACAGAAAAAAGUAAUAUGGCUUUUCAUGAGCUUGUCAUCAUUUAAGACUUCAACAGUUGUCUUGGUUCAAAAAGAUACCCAAAGGUGUCCACAUGGUUUUCCAGUACUACUGCCCAAACAGGUUUGAUUUGCUAUCAGUUCUAUUAACAGUUCUGCAUCAGAACUCAACUCCCCAUCAAGUAUUUUCUUUCUUCUGGUUGUUUUGCUUACAGGAAAUCCAUCAUUCACUUACUUCUCCCGGGUAUGGGAGAUUCUAGGUUUUCUUUGUGACCAUGAAAGCUCAAGUUGGUUUUUGCUAAUUACUUGGAUAGCUGCUUCUACAUGCUUCAGAAUUUAUCUUUAAUACUGGUGAUUUUUUUAAAUGUGCACAUGAAACAUAUGUGACAACUCAUCUGGUUUUGCCUUAAGUCAUUCUUCUUCUAACUUCCAUUUCUAAAAAGUUUGUCUGUGGUGGACAUUCCAAGUGUGAAGAAAAGAGGAGCCAAGAUUGAUUGCAACUUUCUCCUGAUGGAAACUUUCUAGUGAAACAUGAUGAUGUCAAACUUUGUGAUUUAUUUUGUGUAAACUUUGUUGGAAAGAAGUACUCUUCAUCUUUUUUUUUUUUUAGAACCAAUAAGAUAUCCUGUAAUACAAUCUUUGCUUGCAGUUCCUCAGGCAAACUUCCAGCCAAGAUAUUAAUUCUUUGUACUUAGAGUUUCUUCAACUUCCGAAGAAAGUGAUUUUGGAACAUCAUCACUUGAUUCAUCAUCUGUAUCACUUACUUCAAAUGUUUUCUCUGUUGGCUUAAUGUUGUUUGCACUGUUUCAGAAGAUCUGGGAAAUACCACUGCUUUCAGGGGGUUUGUCGGCAGCCAUGUUGUCUAUGUCUUUGUUGAGUUUUUCCUGGGUGGGUACUUCAUCUAGCUCAUUCAUUGUGGGUAGCUCAGUGAUAGCGUUGAGGGCUGAGGCAUAUACCAAGCUUGUUGUUGCAUAGAUUUCAGAGUAAUGUUCGACCCGUCUGUGCAUUUGUUUGCUUUUGUUUAGUGUCAAAUUUAAUUCUGAAAUUGUAGAAGCCAAACCUGAAUAAUAUGGUAAAUUCUAGCAUUAUCUAGAAUAUAACUGUUAUACCCAAGUCUGUACAUUUUGCUUUAUCAUGAAUUGAAUUUUGCUGAAUAUCAUCAUACAGUUUUUAUUCCUGGUAUCAAAGACAAAUAUUUCUAGUUCUUGCUGCAGGCAUAUAUUCGGUAUCAUUUUAAAAGAAGGUAGAUGUGCAAGAAAUCUAAGUAUAUUUGUGUUUUAAACUUAAAAUUAACUUAACAAACUUUGAUCUCUGUGAUCAAAAAAUAGAAUUAGAAAAAUGUAAACAAAAUCAAAUUACUGAUAGAUCAAAAUCUAGUUUUAGUCUUUCUGUUAUACAUGUAAUCCAUAUAUGAUGAAAAAGGCAACUUUUGGAACAAUUUGUAACUCAAAUAUACACAGGUAUUGCUUUUGUCAUUGGUAUUUCAUGUUACACAAAAAUUUGGUGAAACAUUAUUUAAAAUGUUUUAACAAUAAAACAUGCAUAUUUGACUUCCAAUUUAAAAUAGAAACAAUAAUAAGAACAAUCACUCUCGCAUCUGGAAGUGAUUUAAAAAAAUAUUAAAGGUUUAAUAAUUCUAAUAAUAAUGAAACAAACCCUAUAUACCAAGUUACUCCCAUAUGGGUUACAACAUCAAGUUACCAUAGUUUACUGCCUGUUCUGCUUCAUGUGCAAGUUCCUAUAUGCAAUCCUUUUUUUCCUUCUUUAUACUGGAAGACAGGUCUGUAAGCCUCUGCACAGUCCAUUUGAGCCCUUACUUUGGUGUUGUUAAGAAUUUCUUUUCUUUCCUAAACUUAUUCCUUGAAUUUCUGGAUUUUUAGGUCACCCCUAAGUCCAUCCAACAGUAAUGGGUACCUGACUUUAGUUGGGGAAAGUAAAGGCAGUUUUUCGUUGUGCUGGCCACAUAAAACUCUGCUCAUUAACCGUUGGCCAAAAGAAACAGAUGAGCAUAACAUCAUCUGCCCCAUAGAUUGCAAUUUAUGAAAGCAGAAACUUUACUUUUUUUUUAGGCUCGGCCAAGAUCCACUCUUUUUGUGCAUAUUUGACCCUUCCUUUAAUUAAAAUGAGAACAUUAAAUGAUUAUUUUUGGCAAAAAGCCAUUUAUGUCAUUUGCCAGGAAAGAUUGCAAAUAAAAUUUUGUUUUAUUUAACAUAACCAGUACUUUUGGAAUUUCCUUUAGGAUAGCUGGGGUGGGCGAGGCUUGAACAUAACAAUCGAGACAACAGCCCAUAGUGCCUACCACUUUUCCAGGCAGCCAGCUUAAGUUUUUUGUAAUAAUAAAACCCACAAAAUGAAAAGAGUAGAAGAAAUGUGGAUAAAAUAAUUAAAUAAAUAACAAUUUCACUACUUAAUUCUUGUACACUAAGGUAUAUACAAUAUGUAUGUCAUUUGUGAAAGUGUGAGUGUGUAAUCAAAAUGUUAUUGUAUAGGUUAGCUGGGAUGAAUAAGAGAAUGACAGAAUGAAUUUGACUAGAAAGUUACUUAUCAUUUAGGUAGAAAUAGUUUUAAGUGUUACAUUUGUAUUUAUACAUUUAAUAAAUUUUUAGUAACAAGGAUGAAUGUUUCAUUAAAUAAUAAUCCCUAACAAAAUAAAUGAAACUACAAGUAAAAAUUAGAGAUAAUGAAGAUCAUUUAUAUCACUUGUACAUUGGUAGCCAAGUUAUUUCAGUAGAUUUUGUAAAGAAUCAUAAAAUCUUUUUUUAAAAUAUAGUUUAUUUUCUAUUAUUAUAAACAGUUUAUAUGUUAGCAUAUAAAAAAGAGACUACAAGAACACAGAGUAGAACAGUAUUAAGUUUUAGGAAAACUUUUUUUUUAUUAUUUUCAAAAAGUUUUUAUUCAUAUUAUCAUUUUUUUUUAAAUCUCAAAAUUACCUAUUUUAUUUAGAAAAGUAAUAUUUGCUCUUAGGAACUGUUCAAUAUUGUCUUAUAUUAAUGAAUAGCAUGUCUAAGGAGAUACUUGGUAUGAAUUGCAAUAAAAUAUGUAUGCAGGA